AUGGUUGAGGGGUAUCGUAGCAAUGGGAAGAUGGAGGCAGCAAGGGAGGUUUUUGAGGCAAUGCCACAGCGCAAUUUCUUUGUGUGGUCAUCAAUGAUUUCCGGGUAUUGCAAGAAAGGUGAUGUUAGGGAGGCCAAGUUCAUCUUUGAUAGAAUCCCAGUCCGGAACUUGGUGAACUGGAAUUCUUUGAUAUCCGGGUAUGCACAAAAUGGGUUUUCUGAGGAGGCUUUGAAAGCAUUUGGGAAGAUGCAAGCUGAAGGCUUUGAGCCAGAUGAAGUUACUGUUGUGAGCGUUUUAUCUGCAUGUGCUCAGUCUGGGCGUUUAGAUGUUGGCAAGAAUAUACACGAUAUGUUAGGUCAUAAAAGGAUAAAGCUUAGUCAGAUUGUUCUGAAUGCACUUGUAGACAUGUCUGGCCAUUCAUGGACAGUGCAAGGAGGCUCUUGA